UCGGCGCAGAUCGUCGCGAUGGUCGGCAUAUUUUCCCUCACGAGAACCACCAAAUCGCGUCGGGUCGACGCGAGACUAGAAUCGGAGCUCCGACCACCGAUCGCCGCCGCCCGAACCCGCUCGAGUCGAUCCCGCUCGAGCGCCUCGCCGGAAUCGCAAUGGCUGAUCCUGAGCUAGAAGCAAUCAGACAGAGAAGAAUGCAGGAGCUUAUGGCUCAACGUGGGAUGGGAGAGUCACAUAACUCUGAACAGCAGAAAGCCCAGGAUGAAGCAAAGAGGGAGGCAGAUGAAAGAAGGCAAGUGAUGCUUAGUCAAAUUUUGUCAUCUGAAGCACGAGAGAGACUUGCUAGAAUUGCAUUGGUGAAGCCUGAGAAGGCCAGAGGUGUUGAAGAUGUUGUACUGCGUGCUGCUCAAAUGGGUCAGAUAGUUGAGAAGGUUUCUGAAGAGAGACUCAUAACACUGCUGGAACAGAUUAACACCCAGACAACUAAGCAGACAAAAGUCACUAUCCAGAGGCGUCGGAAUGUUCUUGAGGACGAUGAUUAGCUGAAAUCUAAAGAACUGGAGUAGUUCCUGCCUGUACCAUGUGAUUAAUUUGAUGUCGAGACUUUUGCUUUACAUGUAUCGACGUAGGCAGUUAUAUUUUAAAGACGUCACCUCCUGCAGUUUGAAUGGGGACUCCCAUAGAAUGAGUAUCUAUAGAUGAGUGUUGGUAUUCUCCUAUUAUUCUUCUUCCGUGAAUGUUUAAGGCAGGAAUCAAUAUAGGAUUCUAUGAUGGUCUUCGAAGUAA